GGCGGCUGGCGAGGGCCCAGCACAUAACUCUGGGCGGUUGCAGUCUAGGGCUGCAGACACCCAGCCACUCUGAGCAGAACUGACAACAUGAAGGCCCUCCUGGCCCUGCCGCUGCUGCUGCUUCUCUCCACAUCCCCGUGUGCCCCCCAGGUCUCCGGGAUCCGCGGAGAUGCUCUGGAGAGGUCUUGCUUCCAGCAACCCCUGGACUGUGAUGACAUCUAUGCCCAGGGCUACCGGUCAGAUGGCGUGUACCUCAUCUACCCCUCGGGCCCCAGCGUGCCUGUGCCCGUCUUCUGUGACAUGACCACUGAGGGCGGGAAGUGGACGGUUUUCCAGAAGAGAUUCAAUGGCUCAGUGAGUUUCUUCCGGGGCUGGAAUGACUACAAGCUGGGCUUCGGCCGUGCCGACGGAGAGUACUGGCUGGGUAAGGUGGGGACCAGGUGGGCUGAGGGGCUGCCCCAGGGCCAGAUCCUUGUUAGCAGCUGCCCCUCCUCCCCAGGCCUGCAGAACAUGCACCUCCUGACACUGAAGCAGAAGUACGAGCUGCGAGUGGACUUGGAGGACUUUGAGAACAACACGGCCUAUGCCAAGUACGCUGACUUCUCCAUCUCCCCAAAUGCAGUCAGCGCAGAGGAGGACGGCUACACCCUCUAUGUGGCAGGCUUCGAGGACGGCGGGGCAGGUGACUCCCUGUCCUACCACAGUGGCCAGAAGUUCUCUACCUUUGACCGGGACCAGGACCUCUUUGUGCAGAAUUGUGCAGCUCUCUCCUCAGGAGCCUUCUGGUUCCGCAGCUGCCACUUUGCCAACCUCAAUGGCUUCUACCUAGGUGGCUCCCACCUGUCUUAUGCCAAUGGCAUCAACUGGGCCCAGUGGAAAGGCUUCUACUACUCUCUCAAGCGCACCGAAAUGAAAAUCCGCCGGGCCUGAGGGGCUGGACCCCUCCCCUGUACACCCAUGGUCUCCAUGAGUGCUCCCUCUGCUGCCCCUGAUGCAUGCUUCUGCUGCUUCCCAAGCACCAACUCCUUACAGGGGACCUUGUGGCUCUCAGCCAUGCCUCAUCCCUGUCACACACCCAGGGCGUCCAUUCCUAAGCCAGGUCCAGCUCCCCUGCACCUGAAGUUACGCUGCCAGCAGCUCCCCAGGCCUUUUCGAAGCGGCACAUGGUUCUAGCCCGGACCUGGAUGGGCUCCACGACACUGAGUUGCCUCCACCCUGUCCCAUCAGCCGACAGCCAGGAGCCGCCCUCCCAGCUGCAGGCCUUGGUGUUCCAUCUUGCCCUUCUUCCUCACUGUGGACCCGUCUGGGCCACCAGUGUGCUAGGUGAGUGGUGCAGAGUGAACAGGGCCCACAGUGCAUUCCAGGCCACAGCCCAGCAGUCCUCUGGCUGCUCUUAAACCAUGUCCCAUCUUCAGCCUCCCUCCCACCAACUUACUCCCCUGUGGUGAGCACCGUGGACCCCCAGCCCACCUCACUAUCAUACUCAGCUUCCCCUGAUGGCCCAUCCCAGGCCCUGAAGCUCUAUGCCAAGGCCACAGCUACUGCAUACCACCCUGAAACAGUUACAGCCAAGGUAGGCAUGCAUAUGAGGCCUUCCCCACACCCUCUGGGGGUUGAGGUUUAGCAACAUGAGUAGGCAGAGGACAAUCUCUGCAGGGCUGGAAGUUGGUAGGGACUGAAGGGCUCAAUAAACCUUCAGAACCUGAAUGAACUGGCUUCGUGCACACAAACAUAUUUGUUUAGCCCCAAAAUGUAGGCACCUGGCUCCUCCUUGCUCCCCUACUGAUGGUGUCUUACCCCAAACUCCAAAAAUUACACCUGGAGUCAGGCGCAGAAGGGAACCUUGUAUUUCACAGGCCUCAUUUUGAUGGCAAAAAGACAGUGUAAUUACAACAUAAUAAUAAUAAAAAUAUAAUACUGAAAA